AUGCAAACUAGAAAUACCUUUUCUUGGAUAAAGGAACAGAUUACUCGAUCCAUUUCCGUAUCGCUUAUGAUAUAUAUAAUAACUCGGACAUCCAUUUCAAAUGCAUAUCCCAUUUUUGCACAGCAGGGUUAUGAAAAUCCACGAGAAGCGACUGGACGUAUUGUAUGUGCCAAUUGUCAUUUAGCUAAUAAGCCCGUGGAUAUUGAGGUUCCACAAGCGGUACUUCCUGAUACUGUAUUUGAAGCAGUUGUUCGAAUUCCUUAUGAUAUGCAAAUGAAACAAGUUCUUGCUAAUGGUAAAAGAGGGGCUUUGAAUGUGGGGGCUGUUCUUAUUUUACCUGAGGGGUUUGAAUUAGCCCCACCCGAUCGUAUUUCCCCCGAGAUGAAAGAAAAGAUAGGCAAUCUAUCUUUUCAGAACUAUCGCCCUACUAAAAAAAAUAUUCUUGUGAUAGGUCCUGUUCCUGGUCAAAAAUAUAGUGAAAUCACCUUUCCUAUUCUUUCUCCCGACCCCGCUACUAAGAAAGAUGUUCACUUCUUAAAAUAUCCCAUAUACGUAGGCGGGAACAGGGGAAGGGGUCAGAUUUAUCCUGACGGGAGCAAGAGUAACAAUACAGUUUAUAAUGCUACAGCGGCAGGUAUAGUAAGCAAAAUCAUACGAAAAGAAAAAGGGGGGUACGAAAUAACCAUAGCGGAUGCAUCGGAUGGACGUCAAGUGGUUGAUAUUAUCCCUCCAGGACCAGAACUUCUUGUUUCAGAGGGUGAAUCUAUUAAACUUGAUCAACCAUUAACGAGUAAUCCUAAUGUGGGUGGAUUUGGUCAGGGAGAUGCAGAAAUAGUACUUCAAGAUCCAUUACGUAUCCAAGGCCUUUUGUUCUUCUUGUCUUCUGUUAUUUUGGCACAAAUCUUUUUGGUUCUUAAAAAGAAACAGUUUGAGAAGGUUCAAUUGUCCGAAAUGAAUUUCUAGAUCCGCGGAUUUAUCAACAUCAAGUUCGUAAAAAGAACCAAAUUCUUGUUGGCAAUUAUGUAUGAUCAAAAAAAAAAAAUUAUGAAAAGUCUUUUUCUUCUUUAUAUUCUUUUUCUACCAGAUGUCGGGAAUUAAUUGUACCGCAUUCCUAUACAUAGUAUGUAUAUUGUGAAGAAGAUUAUUUGACUUUACCCCUUCUCUUCUUUGUUUUUUUCAAUCUAAAUUGGAGUGUGUGUGACUGUGUCACUAUUGCCAGAUUUAAAUGUCAAUGUCAUAGAAUGCAUUAAUAGUUUUCUAUUAGAAUAAUAGAAUCCAAUUCGACUAGAUACUAGACAUAAGUAAGCGUAGAAUAUAAAGCAAAGGAUAAAUGAAAUGAGGGAAACAAAUGAUUCUAGGAAGGGUUAUUCGUCUUCCUAGUCUUCCACACAAGAAAGGAAUUUUCCACAUCCCUUUCUUGUGUCGAAAUAAUAAUGAUCCUCGACACCUUCGUCAAAAAUUCCUAUUCUUAGUUUAGAUUUUUUUCUAGGUUUAUCAUAAUUUUAGAUUUAUUACGUAUAAGAAGUAGUGGACAAACAAAAAAAAAAGAGAGGGAAAUUUAUUGAACAAAUAGAACUUCUUCAAUGAAGUUAUAAAAAAAAUUUUCAACUUUGAUUAGAUACUAAAAUAAAUAGAGUAAGAAUCUAUUAGUAUAGAAAGGAUUUGUAUGAUAUCUGAUCUAGGGAAAUAUAUAUAUUAUACUGUGUCAUCCAGAAAAUCGAGUGAUUCCUUCUUUCUUCUAACUUUGAAAGGAUCGAUAGAUACUAUCGAGGAGCAGAUGUUCUGAAUCAAUCAAUCAAGUUCGUUUUUCAAAAACAUCAUCAGAAAAAAAAUGAAAUGGAGUUUUUUUAAACAUCGUAAAAGGAGAUCCGUUUUGUCUGGCAUUUAUCCGAAUAAAAUCUUAUGAUUAUUAAGAACUCAACGGGACCUUCCCUCUCGAAUCAGACAAACUUGGCCAAAGAAGGGGGUGGGUCCCAUUGAGUUCUUACGCUUUCAUGUCGACAACUCAAUUCAUCCGAUUACUACAGGGAUGAACCCAAUCCGGAAUAUGAACCAUAAAAGAAAAUGCCUAUUAAACCGAUCACAGGAAUACCAGUUACAGUACCUAUUAGCCAAAGAGGAAUCCUUCCAGUAGUAUCGGCCAUUUACCCCACUUCCCUCCACAUUUCAUCAAGUGGUCAUGCUAGAGACAUAAACAGUCAUGGAUAAUUAUGAGAUGAGAUCCUUCCGAAUGGGAUAAGAGAAUUCCUACUAUUAUUAUUUAUUUUAUUAGUCUCUUUCGUUCUCUUAAUUCUUAAUUGAAAAAAUAAUUGGAAAAUAAAACAGCAAGUACAAAAAUGAGUAAUAACCCCCAGUAAAGACUGGUACGAUUCAAUUCAACAUUUUGUUCGUUCGGGUUUGAUUGUGUCGUAGCUCUAUAAUUCGGAUUAGGUUUAUCGUUGGAUGAACUGCAUUGCUGAUAUUGACCCCAAAAAAGAAACGGUAGGUACAGCUAGUCCGUGAACAGCCAACCAUCGCACUGUAAAAAUUGGAUAGGUUCGAUCUAUGGUCAUUGGGGCCUCCUAAAAAGAUCUACUAAAUUCAUCGAGUUGUUCCAAAGGAUCAAAACGGCCGGUUAUUAAUGGAAUUCCUUGUCGGCUCUCUGUAAAAUACUCGUUUGGCCGAGGACUUCCAAACACAUCGUAAGCUAAACCCGUGCUGACGAAUAACCAACCCGCAAUGAAUAGGGAAGGUAUAGUAAUGCUAUGAAUGACCCAGUAUCGAAUACUGGUAAUAAUAUCAGCAAAAGAACGUUCUCCUGUGCUUCCAGACAUGCCGAGCUCCACAUAUUCUUGUACAGUCAAAGGACGAUCGAUUUCGUAAAAGAUGAGAUCAGUAAAUAGAAAUUCACUGAAAAUGGAUAUUUGUGAGAUCGUCAAUAUUGUACCGAGGGUGUCUUUAGAGUAUACCGAAUCAGUAUAGCUAUCCUUCUUCUGCCACAGCAACGCAAUUUCAAUCAGUAUCGAAAUGAAGUGUUAGAAAAGUUCUUUCUUCCUUUCUUGUUGCUUAUCAAUGUAGAACCAUGUGCCAUUCAAUAGAAAAUCUCUCAAAUUCCUGUAGUAUAGGGUUUCUCUCUACUAUUGGUUUCGGACUAGAAACUGAAGAUCAGGUAAAAUAAAUGUGAAUCUGACAAAUUUCUUUUUAAUAAUUCAUGAAAGAGAUUAUCAUAUUCCCACAAUUUUAUUGAUACGAAAUCUAGAAAUCGCCUUUUCGUUUUCGUGGUUGUAGAAGAGGUUUUUUUUUUUUUUGAAUCUUUUUUUUUUCAUUUUAAAGAAUUUCUUAGUUAUCCAAUAACAAGUAACAGUAGUAGAUAGUAUUCGAUGAAAGAAAGAGAACAAUGAAUAAAAUAAUGGGAACAAUCAAUAUUCGCGAAGCACGCAUUGUUGUAUUAGAUCUAAGGGUUCUUUCUUGACCUAACUACCUAACUAGAAGUUAUAAUAUGGAAAGACAAAAUGUGGAACCUAUAAAGGAAAAGAUAAUAGGAAUUUUUUAGAAUCUAAUUGAACCAAAAUACAGAUUUUAUUUUUUCGAGUGAUCUGAUCGUGCGAUAUCUUUUUUUUUUUCUCAUUCGAGAUACUAUGUGAAUGAACCUACUAUUGAAUCUAAUGAGUUAAAAUUAAAGUAAAAAGUAAAAGAAAAGAUUUUAUUGUUAUAAGGGCACUCUUCGUUCCAAAAUAUAAAAUGUAUUCGAUACAAUUAAAAAAGAAAUGAUCAAAAUAGAAAUGAUUUUCUAAUUUUGUUUCAUAGUGACGCAAAGAAAGUUUCAUUUUUGAAUGAAGUUACACGGCACAGUUCUUAUUUUAUUAUUAGUUUACUCAAGAGUUGCUCAAUGAAUCUGUUGAUUCGGAAUCACGGUAUGGGUAGAUGCCACAGAUAAUGAAUCGAUUUCUUUUUAUACCUCUGUCACUCUAUCUUUGUUAGUGCCGCCUAUAAUAAUUGAUUGAUGAAUCAAAAACUUUCAAUUUAACUUAUUCUUUCAAUUGGUAUUUUUGUUUAUCCUCGUAUCUCGCAAAAAUGGAAACUUAGGUAAGUGCUUUAUAAACAUAUGUAUAAUAAAGAACAUAUUUCAUUUAGCUCCUUCAUGCCUACUAUAACUAGUUAUUUCGGUUUUCUACUAGCGGCUUCAACUAUAACCUCAGUCCUAUUUAUUGGUCUAAGCAAGAUACGACUUAUUUGAAAUUAAUCGAAUAAACAAUUCAUAAAGAGAAACCUUUCCGUGAGAUUCCAUGUAUUCUAUGAGUUCCUUACCGUGUCAAUUGCCAAUUCUUGGUCAUUGCGAUUCAUGGGCAAUUCGGAUUAAGAUUUAGGGAUAGAUAUUACCUCUCUUUUCCCCUUUUCAAACAAAUUGAAAUGAAAUGAUUGAAGUUUUUCUAUUUGGAAUCGUCUUAGGUCUAAUUCCUAUUACUUUGGCUGGAUUAUUCGUAACUGCAUAUUUACAAUACAGACGUGGUGAUCAGUUGGACCUUUGAUUAAUUAACAUCUCUUUUUUUGAUUGACCUCCUCUUUUCUUUAUUCUUUAAUCCACAGGAGGUCAAAUUCAGAUUGCUGUUCAAGUUAGUGAAGUUAGUUCAGUGUAAUUCCAACUAACAAAAACGGAAUCACGCUCUGUAGGAUUUGAACCUACGACAUUGGGUUUUGGAGACCCACGUUCUACCAAACUGAACUAAGAGCGUUUUCUUAUCACAAUAGAUAAGACUAUAAAGAAAAGGAUUCUUUUUGUAACUCCAACACAUCUUGUAUGCAUAUACUAUUAUAGUAUCAUAAAAUGAAAAAUUAUGUAUAUCCAAUUUUAAUUGAUCUCAAUUGAUUCUUCGUUACUGCUCAGAGGAGAAGUAAUAGGUAGGGAUGACAGGAUUUGAACCCGUGACAUUUUGUACCCAAAACAAACGCGCUACCAAGCUGCGCUACAUCCCUUUCAAUUGGUCUACAGUGUCAUUGUAGAGAAUACCUGUCUUGUUUUCCACAUCCUUAUUUCCUCCAUUGAUAUACACAAUUUUUCUUCCCAUUUCUUCUUUUUUUUUUUAUCAUAUUAUUAUAUAUUAACAUAUAAUAAUAAAAGACUUAUAUACAUAUAAAAUAUGAAACCCACCCUAAAAAUGAAAUAAAAAAUAAAUGAAUAUUUUUGGGGAAUGCUCAGGAGUAAAGAAACUUCUUUUUAUGUUUUAAGAAAAAGAAAAUCUUAUCUAGCGAAUCUUCAAUUUGAAUCGGGAAUUCUGUGUACAAAUACAAGUGGUCCAUAUGCAUCUGAUCAUAUAUGUAUUACCAUUAUGUAUUACAAUAAAUAAGGAGGAUUUUAAAUGCGAGAUCUAAAAACAUAUCUUUCCACGGCACCGGUACUAAGUACUAUAUGGUUCGGGUCCUUAGCAGGUCUAUUGAUAGAGAUUAAUCGUUUAUUCCCGGAUGCGUUGACAUUCCCUUUUUUUAAUUAACAUGAGAAGGGGUGAAGAAUAUUAGAGAUACAAUCAAAUAUCUGUGACUAAUUCCUUUCCCCCUCCUCUUUUUUUCUCUUUUUUAGAAUUUUAUAAGGGAGGAGUAAGAGAAAGAAUAAAAGUGGAUUUAACCUCAGCGAAACUCGGGUUCAGACUCGAAUCAAAUUAAGAAUAGAGGGAAAACGUAAAUGUAAAUGUUGGUCUAGUGCAAGAGUAUCAUACAAGAUCCUUAAAUUAAAUACUGUACUGCGAUUAGAAAUAUAGUUAUAGUUAGAAAUCAUUGUAUUACUUAUUAUUUACUAUUACUCUAUUGAUAUUGAUUACAACGAAAUCCUUCAUAUCAUAAUUGGAUUUUGAGUUAGCAACUUCUAUUUUUUUUCCUUACUUUCUUCGGAUCGAAAAUAGAAGACUUGAAUGAAUAAAAAAAAAACAAA